UGGUGGACUCUACAAGGCGGCCUGACUUUAUUUUUUCUACAUCAAUAAUUUGCAAGAUCGAUCUUUGUAACUCAAUUUACAUACCGAUUUCUUUCUAAGACUUUCUUGCAGUUCCUCAGACCAACUGUACUAACUGCGAAGAUCGUCUGCUGUCCUACACUCAUUUGCUAUUCCCCAAACCUAACACUAGAAGAGAAAAGAAACAGUCUUUUAGGCGAAAGUUGCCAUGGCUAAGUUUGCAGGUGGAGAGGUGGCAUUUGUGGGGGUGAUAGCUUGCAUGUCGUUGUGUGCAUCUCCUCGAGUUGAUGCAACAAUAACGUGCCUGAAUGUGACCAACUGGCUGACACCCUGCAUCAGCUAUGGAGCGAUGGGAGGGUCGGUGCCAAUGGAAUGUUGUACUGGAAUUCAUGAACUGAAUGCUGCUUACAAGACCACAGAGGAUGUCAGAAAAGCUUGCAGUUGUUUUCAAAAUGGUGCUGCUAUGAGUCCUGGAGUUGACUAUGAUCGUCUUAAUGAGCUUCCUGGAAAAUGUAGCUCUAAUUAUCCCUACAGAGUCUCUCCCGAUACCGAUUGCUCUAAGGUAGGUUUUGCACUGUCUGCACAAAGCUCAAAGUAUCUGAUAUGAGAAUAAAGCUCCUUGGAGAAUUAAUGUCCCUCACUUAAAGCGACUAGCAAUAAUGUAUCUCUAUAGCUUGCCGCAUAUAAUAAAUCUUUGAAUUCUUUUCAAUCGUGAGACUUGGAGAGGAAGAGAUUUGAAGAUAUUAUGUACCAAAUAACCAUUGCAAUUGUACUUUUAAAUCUUUAUAAGUGGCCUUAUAUCAAAUCAAAUUACUUCAUCACUUGUAACAAUUUUGAUACUUAGAAUAUAUCGAUAUAUUGCCGAUUUUAUAUUA